GGCGGGGCCAGGCGCUGUGUCGAUUUCCGCACGGUCAAGGCAGACGCUUCCCGAGGCUGGCGGGAUUUUCUUCCCGGGUUGGCCUCGGGACCACGGAGCCAGCAUCUACCUGUGACAGAUGCAGAGAGAGAUGACCUUUACCCCUAGGGAUGUUCUCCGGAUGCAGCUCCAGCUGAGCCAGUGAGAUGUGCAUGUUGAUGGCACCGUUUUCUGUUUUCUCUCUCUUUCCAGGCAGCCGGGAUUGCUCACCACCUGCAGUGUCCUUUCGGAGGCGGAGGCUGGCACAGCGGCCAGGCUACAUGAGAAGCUCGGCCGGGCCCGGGAUCAGGUUCCCCUCCCCAGCAGUGGGCAUGCUGUCCCGGGGCCCGGGAGGGCUGCGUGGCGAGGAGUCCCACCACUCGGAGUCCAGGGCCGGGCAGUGCAUCCUCGACCCAGGAGGCCAGCGUCCAGGCCUCUUGGUCAGGAGCCCUGUUCCUAAGAGCACAACAGCCCCCGCUGUGACCUCUGGGGGCCACCCAGGCCUGGCUCUGACCUCUGUGAGAGGAACCUCCUCGCGCUUUGCAAUGCAGCACAGAGCUGGCACCAGACGGCCCGGCAGGCCAAGCGGGCCCUGUGGCCCUGGGGACGCCGGGUGUCAGCAAGAGUUUUCAUCCGUGGACAGUUCGGAGGCCCCGCGCGCUAGCUGUGAAGGAGCAAGGGGCAUCCAGGCAGCAGGCUCUGUGGCACCAGCAGAGUUGCGUGGCAGCAGCCGCAGCCUUGGAAGUGACCCCGCGGCCCCCUCAACCUCUCCUGGCUCCCACGAUGCCUUCACCUCGAGCUUCAGCUUCAUUCGGCUCUCGCUGGGGUCCGCUGGGGAACGCGGGGAAGCAGAGGGCUGCCCGCCGUCCAGAGAGGCCGAGUGCCGUCCUCAGGGCCCCCAGGAGGCGGGCGCCAAAGCUGCCAGCUUGGACAGGCCCCACGAGGACCCUCGGUACCUCUCCUGGCCCUUCCAUCUCUCGCCUGCUCAGGGCUCGGCAGACUCCGCCUGGGCCGCAGGGGGCGGCUCCAGGCCAGAGCGUGAGAUGCUUUCUUGCCCGGAUGUGGACGCUGGUUCCUCCCGGUCCCUGGAUCCCCUGUGGGCUGGCUGCGGAGGUGACGAGGGUGGCGGCUCAGGCGGUGCCCAUCACUGGGACGCCCUGCUCAGGGAGUGGGAGCCCGUGCUGCAGGGCUGCCUGCUGAGCAGCCGGAGGCAGGUGGAGGUAACUGCCUUAAGAUUAAAGCUUCAGAAACUUCAAGGAGCAGCAGUCGAGGAUGAUGAUUAUGAUAAAGCGGAGACAUUAAAACAAAGAUUGGAAGACCUGGAACAGGAGAAAAGCAGCCUGCACUUUCAGCUUCCUUCCAAGCAGCCACCUCUUGGCAGCUUCCUGGCUCACCUGGCGGCCCAGGCCCAGGCUGCCUUGCACCACCGGGCCACUCAGCAGGCCAGCAGUGAUGACAGCCAAGCCCCGCUGAGAAUGGAGCCCUGGCCGUUGGAGCCCUCUGCUCAGGAUAACCUGCGUGUGUCCGUCACGAGGCGAGACUGGCUUCUUCAGGAGAAGCAGCAGUUACAGAAAGAAAUCGAAGCUCUCCAAGCAAGGAUGUCUGUGCUGGAAGCCAAAGAUCAACAGCUGAGAAGGGAAAUUGAAGAGCAAGAGCAACAGCUCCAGUGGCGGGGCUGCGACCUGAGUCCCCUCAUGUGCCGGCUGUCCCUGGGCCAGCUGCAGGAGGUCAUCACGGCCUUGCGGGACACCCUGGCCUCCGCCAAUCAGAUUCCCUGCCGUGCAGAGCCACCCGAAACCAUAAGGAGCCUCCAAGAAAGAAUAAAAUCCCUCAACUUGUCACUUAAAGAAAUCACUACUAAGGUGUGCAUGGGUGAGAGACUCUGCAGCACUCUGAGGAAGGAAGUUAACGACAUUGAAACCCAACUCCCGGCAUUGCUUGAGGCCAAAACGCUCGCCAUAUCAGGAAACCAUUUCUGCACAGCUAAGGACCUCACUGAGGAGAUCAGAUCAUUAACGUCAGAGAGAGAAGGGCUGGAGGGACUCCUCAGCAAGCUGUUGCUGCUGAGUUCCAGGAACGGCAAAAAGUUGGGAAGUGUUAAAGAAGAUUACAACAGAUUGAGAAGAGAACUGGAACACCAGGAAACUACCUACAAAAUGUGUGUGAAGGAAAAUACUGUGAAAUACAUGGAAAUGCUUGAGGGUAAACUGUGCAGCUGCACGUGUCCUCUGCUUGGGAAAGUGUGGGAAGCUGACUUGGAAGCUUGUCGGUUGCUUAUCCAGAGCCUGCAACUCCAGGAGGCCAGGGGCAGCCUGUCUGUGGAAGAUGAGAGGCAGGUGGAGGACAUGGAGGGAGCCAUCUGUGCAGCCACUGCAGCCGUCCACCCCAGGCCCCACUUCGGAGACGAGAGGAAGACCCCUUUGCAGGCAUUUGAAGAAUGGAAGGCUCCCCCGAUCCCUUCUCCACACUAUGCUGGGGGAGAGCAGAAGGAGGAAUCUUACAUCCUUUCUGCAGAACUUGGAGAAAAAUGUGAAGCCAUAGGCAAGAAGUUAAUGCACUUGGAAGAUCAGCUUCACACAGCGAUCCGUAGUCACGAUGAAGAUCUCAUUCAGUCUCUCAAGAGGGAGCUCCAGAUGGUGAAGGAAACUCUUCAGGCCCUGAGCCUGCAGCUCCAGCCAGCAAAGGAGGUGGGAGACAGGGAGGCUGCAGCUUCCCGUGUGACAGCUGGUGUCCAGGAAGCACAGGCCUGAGGCGUGCUGGGAUGGGGAAGGGGUGGGCCGCCACGUCACCAGUGUGGACUCGGGGGGCUGCUCCCCCUCCUCCGCUUCACUGAUGGGACUGAAUCGAUUCCGGAGAUGCAGAGCCCUGAGGUCUUCCAGCGGGAAGAUGCUGCCUGUUCCUUCCCGUGAGGCCGAGAUCGGCGCGCCUGCAAAUUGGAAUAUGGAGAAGGGAGAACGAUUUGCUGAAUUUUCUUCUAAAUGUCAUGCAGGGAUUUCUUUUUCGUGUCAUUCGUGGGAAUAUGCUGCAUGGGAUUUGAAAAUCUUUCUAUCUCAGCCCCCAUGAGAGAGAAGUCGAGAUGAAUUCCCUGGGAAAAGUGUCUCCUUUUCCUGUACCAUUUUGCUUCCUGCUGCAGCUAAAAUAUUUUCUAAUUCAAGAAGCUAUAAAAAGGAAACCAAGCAGAAGACUCUGUCACCAUACCUGUUGUACUGUUCUAUGGGCACUAAGAAAGCUAAUUAACCCCACAGUCUGGAAUUAACAGCCUUUCACCUCACUUCUCCUGUAAUCUAAUGGUGCAUCAGAGAAAUUGAUGCGUAACUUGCAAAAAUAUUUUGGUAAGGCAACAGCCCCUCAGUUUUCCUUUUGUUGCAAUUACUAUAUCUACAGAAAGGAUCUCUGAGAGUCUCUGGCUCAUCAGAACAUUCUGAAAUUGACCUACAGUGAGGGCGUGGAUGGACCAGGAGACUUGUGUAAACCUCUUGAGCCUCUCCUGUUUUCCCUUGGAAUCUCUUUCACUCAGUGCCAGGCAGUGCAGCACUCAGCAAAGCAGUGCAGCACUCAGUGACACGGUGUAGCGCUCAGUGACAUGGUACAGCACUCAGUAACACGGUGCAGCACUCGGUGACACAGUGCAAUACUUAAUAAUUCAAGAGCAUUGCAGGCCCCUGCUGGGCUGCUCCUUUGGCCUAGCUGGGGCUAGCUGUUAAGACAGCUGCAAAACAGGCUGAGUUCAAUUAGACAGCAUUUCCCAAAGUGCACUGAGGAAGGCGGCCCCAAGAGAUGCUCCACAAACAGACGGGUCACCUUUAUGGUCAAGUAGCUUUGGUAAACAUACCAUGCCAUAACGUCUGCUUGGAGAGCCACAGCGCGUGCUAGUAUAGCAGUCUGUGACAUAGCCUGUACUAAAGAAACUCAUUUGAUUUUGUCUAACCCCAAACUUCCCAAGUUUAAUGGAUCGUGUAUUUUUUUUUUCACAUAGAUCCUAUUCAUAUCCCACUGACCUAGUGUUGUACCGCACUGCAUUCUCUGGGGAAGUUCUAGUCCAAAUAUUGAUUUAUAUCAUUUCGAUAUAUGAGACCAAACUCAAACUUUUGCAGCGUGUUGAACUUAAUAACUACCUGCCAUGGUUUUGGAAAUUUAAUAGAGUCAUUGCUCUUUAUGUGCUUUGUUUGUUUGUUUGUUUUCUGUUCUCAUUCAUAUGUAUAGGGGUAGUGAUCUUCCUGCCUUCAUUAGGAUCUAUGGACAUGAGACCAUUUUUUGUCAUUUCCUGAAGCCACACUGCUGUUCUGGAAGGCAUCUGGCACUUUGCUAAGCCUUCUGUGCUGAGCAGUUCUUCCAUCCUUGGUAGAGGAGAUGGCCCUGCCUAAGCCAGCAACUGGCCAGGGUCCAGGAAGCAAAGCAAAGGCACAACAUGUGAAUUUGCUGAUUCCCAAUGGUCUUAUUGUGUUCCCAAUGGUCUUAUCUUGAGGGUUUUUGAAAAUACACUCUACAUAUUUUAAUAAUAAGCAUAAUUAGUUUGGUUUUUUUUCAUUGAUGGACCAAAUUCCUGAAUUAUUUAUGAUUGUAUCUAAAAACAGUUAUGAACUAGUCACAUGGCUCUUGGAAUCCUUGAAUGAAUUCCAGUGAAGCAAAAGUUGGGAAGAGUCAGGAUUGACCAUAUUACCAAUAACAAAUUCCUACUUUGACAUAUGUUUUGCUAAAAAGCCUCCCAGACAUAAAACAUCUUAACAGUCACUACCCAAGUGUUUUGUGUUACUCAGACGCCAUCAUGAAACCAUUCUGUGAGAUCAUGAUAUAUUUGAAAAUUCUGAAAGUUAAUAACUGCUUUGAAUAUGCCCCAAAUAAGGGUAUUUUUGGUAUCUCCAGUGGACAGUGUGUUCAUUUCUAUGCUGAGACACCUGACCAAAUUCAAGUGUUGGAGCAGGUGAGUAAUGCUUUAACCAUUUUUAUUGUUGUUGUUUGCCCAGUGGGAAGGAUCCCUUAUCUGUAACUUAUCUCUAGUCUUUGCUUGGUCUUAGGGUGUCAUCCAGGAGACCUGCUAAAGGCCAGGGUAUUUCAUCUAGCUACACAACCUUCUCUGGACAAGCUCACUCUCUGAAGCCACUUUGUCCCUGGAAGACCCAGGACCAUGUAUUCCCAACCAUACUAUAGUGCAGUUUUUGUCAGAGCAGUAUAAAUAUAUCCAGGGGAGGUUAGGGCUUGAAUUUAAAAGCAACAAAACAACAACAAUAAAAAUGUAUGUUGUUAUGGAAACAGCCAGGACCACCAGCAAAAGCACAUAUUGAAAAUGAUGACUUAGAAUCUGAUUUCACUGUGACAUUGUGUAAGAGAGUGACAUGUUACACUGCUCACCUUGCUGGAAUGCUGGCCUACAUAUGGCCACCCAUUUCUCUUUCACCAGCCUGAAUUAGGACAUGUUUUCUAUCACUAACAGUCCCAAUUCCUUCCAACUUCCUGAAAUUUCAAGAUUGAACUGAUCCUUCCCCAAAUCAAAUUAGUUUGUAGCUUUGGAAACUUGUCUUCCUCUGUAGUACGGCUGGUUUCACCACCCCAGAAACAUGUAAGGGUCAGACCCAUGCUAAGCCCUUUAUAAUCAUGAUGUCUUAUAAUCCCCAUAUCAACCUUAUGAGGGAGGAGUUUGUAGAUGCUGCAACUGAGCCUUGGGAAUACUGAUUCCAUUUCCCCACGGGACAGAGCUGGGAAGACAUGGAAUGAGAGUAAACCUAACAGAGACAGGCAGCAUGGUCUUAACUAAUGCUCUUCCUAAAGUUCCUUUAAUGUGCUUUUGGGACUUUGAGCCAUGGAACUUGCUUGUUCACCUGGUUAAGAAUGCAUAGCCGCCUUGAUAAUCCUAGCUGGAGAGUCAGCAAAAUUGAGCCUAGGGCAAUCUAGGCUUCCCACAUCCCCAGGGGGGCCUCACUGUGAAUGAAGUCUAGGCUCAGACAGCCUUCAACAAACCUAUCCUCUCCACCAUCGUCCUAACCUAACCAUGUCCCAGUUGUCCCAGGAACAACCACUCACAGUCUGACACUGGACAGAUUUUCUUGGAGAUCCCCAUCAAAUUGGUGUCUUCCAAAAAGCAUUAGAGUACUCUGAAUUCUGUGCUGUGGAGAAAAGUAAAGAUGCCCUCAUUGGGCAAUGCCUUCUUGUAUAUGUAAUUCAAUACUUUUAAUAUCCUCACCUUAUCUAAUCUUUGAAUUUUGUCAUAUAAUUUAUUGUUUUAUUAAGUUUACUUUUUGUUACACAAAAUUAAAAUCUAUAUCCAAGCCAUGAUGCACCUUGAUUUUUUUGUCUUCUGUAGUAUGGGUGAUAGGAAAAUGUAUCAGGUUCAUUCAUCUCAGUUUUCUAUUAUAGGAUGAUUAAUUGUACAAUUACUUGCAUCACACAAAACAUUUGUAAUAAAGCCAUGCUUUAAAAUUGUGCCUCUGUUUGCUUUCAGAUAUCAACAAAUCCAAAAACCAUGGGAUUUUCUAUUCCAGAUUCCUUGAUUGAGGAAAUGAAAAAUAGCAGUAGGACUAAAGUCAGAAACAGAACAAGAGUGCCCACUAACACCACGGAAAAUAUUUUACUUCAGAUACUAGCUAAUUCAGUUAGGCAAGAAAGUAUAUGAGGGUUACAAUCUGGAAAAGAGGAGAUACAACUUUAAUAUUUAUACAUGAUGUCAUUGUAAAGUAGAAGAUCUAAGAGAAUUAGCAUACAAUCUUUUACACGAUUAACAUAAUUAAUGGACUAAAAUCAACAGGCUUUAUGUGUGCAAACAACAAUCAGAAGCUGGAGUAUAAGAAAAGAUCCCAUUUUUGUAGCAACAAAAAGGGAGGAAAAGACUUGGAAUGAUUUAAAUAAAAAAAAUGUAUUAAGUCUUAGAUGAAGGAAAUUUUAAGAUGAAGGAUAAAGAAUCGAAGACAUGAAAAGACACGUUAAGCUUUUGGGUAGGAAGUCAUCAUACAUUGUCAAAUUUCCAUAAAUUAUAAAUAUUUCUUGAUCCCAACUGGGGCAUAGAUGUCUAGUUAACCCCCCAUGCAUUUUCCACUUCAUGUCUUCUUAGCAAUCCUAAAUCCAGGCACUUAAACUGCAGAUACACUUACACGUGCAGAAUUGCAGAUGUGCAUUUAUAGUAUUGUUUGUAAGAGCAAAAAUGGGAAACAACCUACAUUUUCAUCAACUGGAGACUGGUUAAAUAAAUGAUGGUACAUCCACAAUAUGCAAUGCUUUGCAGUUACUAAGAAAUAUUUACAUGCAGAGCUAUCACUGGACAGAGAGACAGGUGACUUGGGAAGAAGGAUGGGAAGGAGACUUAUGUUUUGGCUGUAUACUGUUCUUUUAACAUUUUGGUGCCAGUUGCAUGUAUUUAUCUAUUCAAAAUAAUAUAAUUUCUUUAAGAAAAAAACCAUAAUCGUGGAGGCUGAGAGGGGACCCUCACAUAGGGCAGGACACACAGGCUGUUGAAUGAUUGCCCAGGUCCCCUUGAUGCUAUUGCAGCAUUCAUCCACAAUUUAGCACCCACUGUGUACCCAGCACUGUGCUAGGAAGUGCAAUUGGUAUUGGCAAUGAAAAGGCAAGUAUGACAUACCAUGAUCAGAUUAUUUGAAGAUGGGAGGAAAAUGAAUGACCAUUAUUGUAUAAUUAUUAUUUUAAAGACAAGGGAUGA